AUGCCUGUCAAGUACGACGGAUCAGAGAUACCCACAUCAUAUGCAACAUGCAGUAUCGGGUACAAGGAGUCACACACCCUGCCCAUCAAGCUCAAGGCUAUCGCAGAUGCUGGGUUCGAUGCGGUUGAGCUGUCAAUGCCUGAUAUUCAGGCCUAUGGAAAGUUUCUAUAUGGACAAGAAAUCGAUGAAAAGGACUACGACACUCUUGUGAAGGUUGGCAAGGAGAUCAAGAAGCAGGUCGACGAACAUGGUCUGAAGAUUCUCAUGCUUCAGCCAUUUGCAAACUUUGAAGGUUGGCCAAAGGGUAGUGAGGAGAGAAAAGAUGCCUUUGAUCGAGCAAAGGGAUGGGUCAGGAUCAUGGAGGCCGUUGGUACCGAUAUGUUACAGGUCGGAUCUUCUGACGCACCUGGCAUCUCGUCAUCAUUUGACGAGCUGGCUGGGGACCUUGCGGAACUGGCAGACUUGCUUGCAGAGAAAGGCUUCAGAAUUGCCUAUGAAAACUGGUGCUGGGCCACACAUGCACCCAGCUGGAAAGACGUCUGGCACAUUGUCAAGAAAGCCGACAAACCAAACUUAGGACUCUGUCUCGACACAUUCCAGAGCGCUGGAGGAGAAUGGGGGGACCCUACGACAAGAUCAGGGCAUCUCGAAGGCGUGGGCAAGUCACAGCUGGACCAGAAUUGGGGCAAAAGCUUGGCCGAGCUAGCCGUUACCAUACCUGCAGACAAGAUUUAUCUCCUCCAGAUUUCUGAUGCAUAUAAGGUCGACCCUCCGAUCGAAGCGAAGACUAACGAGGAGGGCUUGCGCCCCCGUGGACAAUGGAGCCACGAUUACCGCCCUUUGCCGUACGCCGGUGGUUACCUACCCAUUGUCGAAUUUCUCAAGGCCGUCCUCAGUACAGGAUUCAGGGGCUGGCUAUCCAUAGAAGUUUUCGACGAGAAAGGUCAAAAAAACUACCCAGAUAUGGGUGUCUACGCAGACAAGGCUAUGGAUGCUCUCAACAAAAUGCUGAGCUCGAAAUAA